AUGUCUACGGCUCAGUCGUUUGUUACCAUAAGAAGUCAAGCUAUCUCUUUGGAGACACAGGCAGAAUCUUUACUUUCACGAUACUCCUCAUUCGCCCAAACAACAAGUUCUGAACAAACUGGAGAGGAGAGAAAACUAGAUAAGCAACUUGAAGAUGCCCUUUUUCGGAGGCAGGAGGUGAUUGAAGCAUUAUCCAAGGUAUGCAAUGAAAAUCCUAAUAUAUCGGCAUCUAAGCUGUCGCAAUUGCAACGCCACAAGGAAAUUUUGCAAGAGCAUUGGAAGAGUUUCAGAAAUAUUCGAUCGUCGAUUCAACAAGAGCGAAACAGAUUGAAUCUUUUGUUCAAUGUUAAAAACGACAUCGCGCAGCAGCAAGAAUCCGCAACCGAUAAUGAUCUUGUUGGUAAUGAAGAUGAUUACUAUCAUAAUGAAUCUAGAAGGGUUGAUCAAUCCCAUAGCAUUGUUGACAGACUUAUUUCCCAAGCUUGGGAAACUCGAGAUGAGUUCAGUUCACAAGGUAGUAUUUUGCAAAAUGCAAACAACAGAGUUUCGGCCACUUUACAAAGAAUACCAGGUAUAAAUCAAGUUAUCAAGAAAAUUGGUACAAGAAGAAGGAAAAAUGCCAUAAUAUUGGCUACUGUCAUCGUGAUAUGCGUAUUAAUAUUAUUCUUCACGUGGUAA